AUGGAGAAAGGACUCCGUGUUUUCACGCCUAUUGGCAUGCUUGGUUACGGUUUCAGUGAAACAAUAUUUUGGGAUACCCUCAAACAAGGAGUGGAUGCCAUCAUCUUGGACAGUGGCUCAACCGACAGUGGGCCGUCGAAGUUGGCCCUUGGCAAGCCGACCGUGUCGAAGCAGUCGUACGAACGAGAUCUGGCCCUUUUGGUCGCUGGUGUCCAUCAUUACCAGAAGCCGCUGUUGAUAGGAUCUGCAGGCGGAGACGGGUCUAACUCUGGAGUCGAUCUCCUUGUCGGCAUAAUAAAAAACAUCAUCGAGCGAGAGGGUUAUCGACCCAUGAAAGUCGUUCACAUCUACUCAGAAAUCGACAAAGGAAUCGUGCGAACAAAACAUAAAGCAAGACUAAUUCGACCAUGUAGUAGCGCUGUGCCAGAGCUGAAAUACGAUGACAUUGACCAUGCAACCAAGAUUGUUGCCCAGAUGGGCAUGGAACCCUGGUUGAAGGCCAUGGAGCAACACCCGGACUUUGAUAUCAUCGUGGGAGGGCGGACAUACGAUCCAACGCCCUACGCAGCGUUCUGCGUUCUCAACGGUAUCACAAAUCUCGGUGUAGCUUAUCACAUGGGCAAGAUCAUGGAGUGCGGAGCUCUAUGCUCGACGCCGAAGAGUCAGUCAGCCUUGGCCAUUGUUCGCCACGACGACUUCGAGGUGACCCCACUGGAUCCUUUGUCACGAUGCACGGAGGUCUCGGUUGCAGCUCAUACGCUGUACGAAAAGACCAGGCCAGAUAUUCUCCUGGGCCCGGGCGGCGCCCUCCACCUGGAGACGGCCAAAUACGAACAACUACCAGACGCGAGAAGUGUCAGGGUUUGGGGCGCGUCUUUCGUGCCGGAAGAGCAGUAUACGGUGAAAUUAGAAGCCGGAAAGGUCGUGGGAUACCACAGCAUGUGCUUUGGGGGGAUCCGAGACCCUAUUUUGAUCUCUCAGAUCGACGAAUACCUUCGCAGAGGCAAAGAACUGGUCACCCAGAAUGUCAACUAUCCCUUCGAGCUGGAGUUCCGGGUGUAUGGCAAGAAUGCUGUCUUGGGUCCGUUAGAAUUGCGGUCGGAACCUCCAUACGAGGUGUGUGUAUGCGCACAUGCUCUGGCGGGCACGCAAGACGAGGCCACUAACGUGGUGCAUCUCGCCAGGGUCUUUCUGAUGCAUUCAUCGUACCCUCACCAGCGCGCGACCGCCGGAAACUUUGCCAUGCCGUAUGCACCCCUCGAUAUCCCUCUAGGACAGAUUUCAGAGUUUUGUAUCUAUCAUCUCAUGCCAGUGACUGAUCCGACCGAGUAUUUCCCCAUCUACGAGCAGACAAUCCGAGGACCCACUGGCAAGUCACUCAGCACUGGGCCGCAGCAGCUUCCUCCGCCCAUACCCGAGCCCAAUGGCCACGUCAACGCAUCACCUCCGGCAGAAGCAACGGAGUUUCUGGGGGGAAAGCCGAAGCCAAAGCUCAGUGGGCACACUACUGCAAACCCACAGGUUGCGGAGGGGAACCCGACCUCCGUCCUCCUCAAGGAGCCACCUCCUGGCCACGUUUUUCUGGCAGACCUGGCCACGUACAUCCGGAGCAAGAAUGCAGGGCCUUACGAGCUGACAUUUGACGUGAUCUUCUCGGACGAAAAGUCCAAGGACAUGGUGAAGGCCACCAACGUACUGACCCGAGCAACAGUGGCUCAACUUUAUGGAAUACAAGAGGAGGAUGUCAUAGCCAGCCUGUGGUGGGAUCCAGCAUUGGCGUUCAAAGCCACCAUCAAGCGGCCACGAGUAAGCGGUGGGGUUUGGGAGCAUGAUGCACACGGAGCACAACAGCACGUACCGCUGAUGGAGUUGGCUGUGCCGGUCUCAUCUUGA